CCCAUUGCUCUCUCACCGUUCUCCAGUUUCCACAAUUAUUUCAACAAGGUUCGCGAACAGAUCUCUUCAAAACCGAGGCGCUCUCAUUUUUUUUUUUUUAAUUCUGCAAAAAGAAAAAAAUUUGUUUGAAAAAAAUUUUUUUUAUUCUUAACUAUGACGAGUAUACGAAAAUUGUUGUUAGUUACUAUUAUUAUAGUUUUGUGUGAUUUUACAAUUUCAAAACGUCAAUUUCGUUCGAAACGUUCUGGGAGAGACUAUGUUCUGCACAGUUGUACGGCAACCGCAAACGUUAAUUUAGUGCGAAAAAAUAGAAAUCAUGCAUUAACAGGAGACGAUAUUUUACGAAAUUCAUCGGCAAUGGAAUUUCCAUUUUCUCUGCCAAAGCGUAAUUCCAAAUAUCAUAGUCCUAUUAAAGCUGAAAGUGCAAUAAAUCACACGAGAAAUGAUGAGAGAGGAAAAAUUAAAUCACCUACCGAUAAAAGACUCUACGGCCGAAGAAUUGAAGAUCAUCAACAUCAUCAUCAUCAAAAUGUCCUCUCCCAAUUGAAUCAACAUAAAGACACUCCAUUAAAAACGAUUCGUAUCAGGUCCUUUCAAAAGAAUCAUCAACCAAUUUUUUCCCUUAAAGAUCCGCUGCCUGAAUUGGAACGUCAUAUUCCAGGGAGAAAAAUUAAAACACCAGCAUCGUUCGUUGUUGUUCGAUCGUUGCACUGAAACUUGUAUAAAAAAAGCAACAAAAUAUUUACAAAAAGAACAUUAAUAAAGUUUAUUUCCUUAACAA